UUGGUAUAUAUAUGUGUAUGUGUGCAUGCACAUUAUUGUCUUAUUGCGAUGUAAAAUCUACACAUCGCAAGAAAAGUAAUAAAAUUAUAAAAAAGAAUUAUAGUAAAUUCUUUGAAUCACAGCUGAGCUGUUUUCUUUUCCUCAAUGAACUCUGUCCUGACAUGUCUUACACUGAAUUGGAACAUGGUUAUCAGGGUCUACGGAAUGCCAGUCGACCAAUUUUCUAUGUAGGGGACUUAAAUACAGUUCAACCAACCCUUGUGGGUCCUGUUGCUUCUUCUGUAUAUCGUUCAUCAAAAAGAGCCGAACUGUCGGACGGGUGCAGUAAUGAUGAUGGAUGCAUGGGUGGCAGUGAUUUGGAAGGAGAAGGAAAGCAAGUGUUGGUUGGAGUCUGUGCAAUGGCAAAGAAGUCGCAGAGUAAACCGAUGAAAGAAAUAUUGACGAGAUUAGAAGAAUUUGAAUACAUUAAAAUAGUGGUAUUCCCUGAAGAAGUGAUCUUAAAGGAAUUUGUAGAAGAUUGGCCAAUCGUUGAUUGUUUAAUAAGUUUCCACAGUAAAGGCUUUCCGCUGGACAAAGCUAUAAAUUAUGCUAAUCUUCGAAGUCCUUUCAUUAUCAAUAAUCUACCGAUGCAGUAUGAUAUUCAGGUAAAAGUAGGUUACGAUCGCAGGAGAGUUUAUGCUAUUCUCAGUAGCGAAGGUAUCGAGAUUCCAAGAUAUGCCGUUCUAGAUAGAGAUUCAUCCGAUCCGAAACAUCAUGAACUGGUGGAGUCGGAAGAUCAUGUGGAGGUCAAUGGUGUCACGUUUAACAAACCAUUUGUGGAAAAACCAGUGUCCGCCGAAGAUCAUAACAUUUACAUUUAUUAUCCUACAUCUGCAGGUGGAGGCAGUCAGAGAUUAUUCAGGAAGAUUGGAAGCCGCAGUAGCGUGUAUUCGCCAGAAUCCCGAGUACGCAAAACUGGUUCUUACAUUUAUGAAGAUUUUAUGCCUACCGAUGGGACAGACGUUAAAGUUUACACGGUGGGGCCGGACUAUGCACACGCCGAGGCCCGGAAAAGUCCUGCAUUAGACGGUAAAGUCGAAAGAGACUCGGAAGGAAAAGAAAUUCGGUAUCCUGUUAUAUUAAGUAAUGCUGAGAAACUGAUAAGUAGGAAAGUAUGUUUAGCUUUCAAGCAAACAGUUUGCGGCUUCGACUUGCUUAGAGCCAACGGCCAGUCGUUCGUCUGUGACGUGAAUGGUUUCAGUUUUGUCAAAAAUUCGAACAAAUACUACGACGAUUGCGCAAAGAUUUUGGGAAAUAUGAUUCUCAGGGAAUUAGCACCUACCUUGCACAUACCGUGGAGUGUUCCGUUUCAGUUGGAUGAUCCACCAAUCGUACCCACGACAUUUGGAAAGAUGAUGGAAUUACGUUGUGUUGUCGCUGUCAUAAGACACGGUGACAGAACACCAAAACAAAAAAUGAAGGUGGAAGUUCGUCAUCCGAAAUUCUUUGAGAUAUUUGCAAAAUACGACGGGUACAAGCAUGGUCACAUCAAGUUAAAACGACCUAAACAAUUGCAAGAGAUAUUGGACACAGCUAGGAGUCUACUGGCUGAAAUACAGCACAGGGCUGCAGGACCAGAAUUGGAAGAAAAGCAAGGAAAACUCGAACAAUUGAAAAGCGUCUUGGAAAUGUAUGGCCACUUCUCAGGAAUUAAUCGUAAAGUACAAAUGAAGUAUCAACCAAGGGGACGACCGAGAGGAAGUUCCUCGGAUGAUGGUACAAAAAAUCGACUGGGGGAACCGUCGCUUGUACUUAUUCUAAAAUGGGGCGGAGAAUUAACACCCGCCGGUCGCAUUCAAGCAGAGGAAUUAGGAAGAAUAUUUCGCUGCAUGUACCCCGGUGGUCAAGGUAGACACCUUAGUGAGGAAGACUCAGAGAUGUUACCAAACCACGGUGAUUACGCCGGUGCUCAAGGUUUGGGUUUGCUACGUCUUCAUUCAACGUUCCGUCAUGAUUUGAAAAUCUAUGCAAGCGACGAGGGAAGGGUUCAAAUGACUGCAGCAGCCUUUGCAAAAGGCUUACUCGCUCUGGAGGGCGAAUUGACACCCAUAUUGGUCCAAAUGGUCAAAAGCGCAAAUACUAAUGGUCUCCUGGACAAUGAUUGCGACAGUAGUAAAUACCAGAACAUGGUGAAAACGAAACUUCACGAACUGUUGCAACAGGACAGGGACUUUACUCGCGAGGACAGGGAGCAAAUAAAUCCUGGGAACGCGUUGAGUAUCAAUGCAGCCUUGGAUUUCGUUAAGAAUCCUGUUCGAUGCUGUCAACAUGUACAUAUCUUGAUUCAGAAGCUGAUGGACAUUGUAAGAAUUAAGAAAGAUGAUUUGAAAACGAAAGAUGCGAUUCUUUAUCACGGCGAGACUUGGGAGUUAAUGGGCCGUCGAUGGGGAAAGAUCGAAAAGGACUUUUGUACCAAGAACAAGAGAUUCGAUAUAUCAAAAAUACCCGAUAUUUACGACUGCAUCAAGUACGAUUUGCAACAUAAUAAUCAUACGUUGCAAUUCGAGCACGCGGAAGAGCUGUAUAUUUACUCGAAAUAUUUGGCAGACAUUGUUAUACCACAGGAGUAUGGAUUAACUGUACAAGAAAAGUUAACCAUAGGUCAAGGUAUUUGCACGCCGCUUUUAAAGAAGAUCAGAGCUGAUUUGCAAAGAAACAUCGAAGAGUCUGGAGAAGAAACGGUGAAUCGGCUCAAUCCAAGAUAUUCUCAUGGUGUUUCGAGUCCGGGCCGACACGUGCGCACCAGAUUAUAUUUUACAAGCGAGAGUCAUGUGCACUCUUUGUUAACAGUGUUACGUUACGGCGGCCUGCUUGAUGUAGUAAAAGACGAGCAAUGGCGCCGAGCUAUGGAGUACGUUAGCAUGGUAUCCGAAUUAAAUUACAUGUCGCAAAUCGUAGUCAUGCUAUACGAAGAUCCAACCAAGGAUCCCAGCAGCGAAGAACGUUUCCAUGUCGAGUUGCAUUUCAGUCCUGGCGUAAAUUGUUGCGUACAGAAAAAUUUACCGCCAGGGCCAGGGUUCAGACCUCAUUCGCGAAACGAGAGUAGUCACAAUAUAGGCGAAAGUGGGGGUGGAUCUACGCAAGAUACCAUUUCCCAGUGUAGCGCACGGAUAGAAGAAGAAGAUGUUGAAUUGACAAUUUCAGACGACGAUUUCAUGAAUCCACCUGUACAAUCUAAUACUCCCCCGCUGAUGAUGGAAACCGACACGGCAGAUUCGAUUAUGGAUAGUCCAACAACCAGCAGAGCCGUCGAUAUGAUGGACCUGGAUCCCAACAUGAUGGACGAGCCAUUCGAUAGUGGUUUCUUGCAGAGCUCUGCGCCCAUUCCAAUAAGUGCUAGAACAGUGGCAGGUCAUGAAGCAGCUAGACUCGGUAGCCAGCUGGCUGCCAGUCAACGUCAACGACGCGAUGCUGAUAGAGGUGGGAUCGUAGAGCCACGUGCACGUAGUUACGAUCAUCAGAGACAAGAUAAGCCUGAGAAAGCUGCGGACAAGCUGCAGUAUCAGAGCUUGGACGCGGUCAACAAGGAAGAGAGCAAGCAUGGGGUAAAGUGCCGCGAAGAGAUGUCUAGCCAGGCUUUGCUCUACGUACCUCCUAUGGGAAAGGUCGUUUUGCCGCACUCCUACAGCUCACCGGAGUUACCUGUUCCUCCAAUCGAAACCUCCACUUCGACACCUUUGGUGACUUUACACAAUACCCCUCUAGUUUCACCGAACAGCAGAGCCCCGGAUAUCACGAACAUUGUGGUCCCGGUCCCCACGAUUCGUCUCCCGACAUGCCCGACAUGCCUCGAUAACAAUCCCGAAGAGGCCGACUCUCGUCUACGUUUUCAAAGUAAGAAAUACGGACGUUCCCACACAGAUACGAUUCUCCCAUGUGUCGCUUGCGAAUUGACCGGUUCUAUAAGAUCUGGUUCGUGUGACAAUCCGUUGGCAAAGUCUUUUCGUUUGUUAUCCCAUCGUGAAAGAGUCACAGGGACAGCAAGAGCUCAGUUCCAGCUCGGUAAACGGUCUCGUUCGUUGUCUCCCUAUUUGCCCAGGUGUCUCUGUUAUAAUUGUAACGUGUCGGAGCUGAUCUUAAGAAGCAGGGACCUGCCGCCCAUGGAACGUUCCAAUUUCGAUACCUACUUUGCACGUUCGUUGUCCCACAAGUUCUUUAACUGUCCCUGCUAUUUAAGCCCGUAUCAGGGCGAAUCGAAUUGCUCCUCUUGCAGCAACUCCUCCUCCAACGACAGCUAUGGAAAUGCCAAAGAAAGUCCACAGUGUGCCAGUUGUGAAACGAAACUUGGCUGGUCCAUCGAGCCUCGGCAAGGACGAUGUCCAACGUCUUCCGAUUGUUCCCUGUUAGGGUCCGGUGAACCUUCCGCGCGUAAACAUCCGUCGUUCGAGGGAAGACAGAAGUGGAGGUUCGAUAAGGAAGCUGUUAGGAGAACGUGCGGCGGUGGCUCUGCUUUUGAGAACGUUCGUCGACCAAUUGGAACAAUGUCGUGUCCCAAUUUAAAUAACUUUCUGCUCGGUGAUUCGGUUUGCUCGACGGAGAACUUCUCGGCCGGUUGUUCCUUGGUACGCAGAUGUUGUUCUUGUACAAAUGUGACUCUCCAGUGGCGCAGUAGCCUGGCAGAUAUACCCGACCGUGUUAGUAUGCUUUGCCAUUCGUCCUCUGUGCACGGUAGCGAUGCUCAUGGUGAUCACGACAUCCCCCCGCGCGAUUCUAACCAUCGUUCCAAGUGUCCACGUGUACCGUUCUCCCGAGUCCAGCCUCAAAGAUCCUUCUCGUCUCCAGACACACGACCUUCGAUCAUUCAACCUGACCCUACCUGCACAGCAAGGCGCCACCGUCACAGUAUCUCCGGACAGAUGAGUUAUUUCAAGCUGUUGGGCUACAACAUCAACAAAAAGCUGACAGGGUCAGCCAACAGUCUCUUCAGCACCGCGGUUAUCAGCGGGUCCUCGAGUGCUCCAAAUUUGAAGGACAUGGUACCACCCCAUGCGUCCGCUGUUGCCGCGAUAGAAGGUUUUGGCGGUGUGCCACCUAUAAGACCGUUGGAGACGCUUCACAAUGCGUUGUCUCUUCGCCAAUUGGACUCCUUUUUGGAAAUGAUGACCACGGCUCCCCUGUUUCGUACACCUGCCUCGUCGCCUCCAAAGUAUCCGUCACCGGGUGGAUCCACUCACGAAUCUGUUAAUCCCAGUCUCGGUGCCGGAGGAAUCAAUUGCGAGUACCACUCUUCCGACCUGGAGGCUGUCAGGUAUCAUAAGAAAAGAUUAAAUAAACCACCUUUAUACAUCACCACGACUCCUAUACAAUACAAGUCUUCGAACGAUGGAGAACCAUGCGAUAUAAGGAACCAACUAUCGCCGACCAGUCCCAACAGUACCGGUUGGAGUAGCGAGCCACAGUCGUUCGUGUCGUCCGAACCGUCGUCUCCAGCUCCAACUUCCACGGGAGAAUGCAGUAUGUCUAUAAGUUUGAUCAGCAACGAAGGAGCGCAAUCGUUCAACACUGGCCCUAAAUAUCCAACGACUCCUUGUUUGGACGUGGACUUCAACGAUUUCUGCAUGAACAUCGAUCAAGAACACAGGGAAAGUCGCGGCAGCGUAUCGUACACGGACUAUUACAGCAACGAGGAUGGACAGAUUCGAAAGUGCGCUUUUGGAACGAACUUUGGUAGCAAUUUACAGAGAAUGAUACGCACCGAUGAUCUUCCUAUCGACAACAUGGACGACGACGAGGAACGUACGAUAACGUUGAAGCAAACCGAAGAGCAAAAGAAGCAGGACGUCAAGCGAAUAUUUGAGCAGCAGGAAAAGUUAAAGAUAAAACCUAGCACCAGCUGCAAAAAGAUUGGAAGAUUUCUGGUCGAAAGCAUGGACAUAGUGGACGAAGAUGUUAGGAUCAAAGAGCCAGACAUUUCCGACAAAGCGAAACCAUCUACCUCUCAGAAAGUUGAAUCCUCGAAUAUCGAUAAAGCUCAGAGGAGCAGGGACACCGGCACGGAAAAGACUUCUUCGUUGAACAGUUACAAGAGAAAGAAUUUCUCUCGGUCGCAGAGCGUUUCCACUCCGAAAGCGGUCGUUCCGAACACCGAGGCGAAUCUGAGUUACAAAUGCGCGUCGAAACUGAGCUCGUUGUCGAACAUGUCGGACAAGGAUUUGGAAGAAUGGAAGCAGAUCUUGAUCGACGCGAAGCCCCCUUCCUCGCCCUUGACGAGCGAAGAAGAGCCUAUACUGACCGUGGCGAGCAGCUUAACGAACAGCUCCAGCGUGACCAUAGGCUUCGAUGUCCACGAAGAAAGCAAAGAAUAGCUAAGAAUGGCAUAGUAUUAUAUCUCGUUUGAAACUGGUGUAUUAAUAUUAGAAUAUACUAUUUUGGUAGACCGGCAACACUAUACUAGAAGACGUAAUUUUUGCAUACACGGUUGUUGCUUGUAAACAUAAACAGAGUCCGCAAGAUCGAAUUUCUAUCACGCGUCUAAUGGACGCACAACAAUUUAGAUACAUCGUACAGCUUGUGCAUUUUAUAGUCGAAGAAAGAGAGAUUCGUAUUUUGUAGCGUUCUUAGAUGAAUUUUACUUUACACUUAUUGUACAAUACUUUAAUUUUGAUCCAUGUUCCUUUAACUUUAGUUUCUCGAAUAAGAGAACGCAUAGACGUACUUUCCGCUGAAACAAAAUAGUACCUAUUGUUACGAUUGCCGAUUGCAAAGGAAAUAUUUAAACAAAUUCGAUAGCUAUAAUCUGUUGACGUCUCCGAUCGAUUCUAGGAGGAAUUCGAUUCUCGUACUUAUAAAUUAAUAUAAAGCCUAAAGGUAUCGAUUUUCUUUAACUCGUGCUUCUGCAUACGUUGCUCUUAACUGUAUCUUCGAAGGAUAGGAUGACGCGAAAUUGAUUAUCGAAAAGAAAUGUGUCAUUGGUCGAACGUCAAAUUAAGGUGAAAAUUUGGGCGAUCGAGUUCUUAUUACUUGCUAAACAGCUAUCGUUAACGUUUCUUCUAAUUCGAGAACAAUUAGGAUAUACCGCUACGUGUUUCCAUGACCAAAACAAAAGGCAGAAGAAACCACUCGCAGUAUUUUAUGGUUUGCAAUUUUAAUUGCUAUUAAUUUUGCAUUCGACUAAAUUCAUGUAUAUCCUAUAAUAGAUAGAUUAUCGUGAACGUACAAACGCUAAUAAGUACAAAGUUUCGUAAUAGCUCUUUAACAAUCUGACAUUUGUUUCGGUGUAAAUAGAAGAUACAUAUAUGUAUACAAUGUAUAUGCUAUUUUUCUUACGAAUGUAUCGGAAAAGCUUGUUAUCAGAGGAGAUACGACAAGUUGAAAGUUCCAGAGAUUUAUUAUGUUAUCCUGACAAUUGUUGCCUCGAGACGCGGUCAAAUAUUUAACGUGCUUUGAAAAAGUGACUCGAGUGUCCAGUUUUUUGGUCGCUCAAGCGUUCGCACCUUACUUCUAAGACCUUGCUUCUUAUGACCUUACUCUAAAUAUUCCAUCAAAAAUGCGUCCGGUGUUUUUAAUAUUAUAAUUGCAAUUGGCAGAUCAACAAUUAUACGUGUUUUCAAAGCAUCGUUCAAAGUUCUGAUGUUAGAAAAUCUUACCAAAAUUGAUAAGUAAUAUUCCAGUUUUUCGCAAGCACGUGCAAUUCAUUUAGAAAUUGAUGUUAUAUCGUAUGUACCGGGUUUCGGUGAGAUUCUAGUGUAACGAAUUGCGUUUGAUAGAUGUUUAAAGCGCAUACGCAUAGUUGGUGUAAAAUAAAUAAAUCGUGAAAAAUGG